CUGACAGUGACGUGACGUGUAACUUUCAAGAUAUUGAAUUUAUUUAUUGAUUAAUGAUUGCAUUUAUAAAUGAAAUUUUAAAUAUUAAAGAUUAAAAACAUAACUUAAUAACAUGUCGAGUAAAAACAAAUCAUCGGAUAGUUUGACAAGGAGUAAAGUAACUGAAUGUGUUUGGAAAAAAGCUUUUUCAUCUAGCACUGAAUGGCCCGAUAAGGAAGAGUUUCUGGACGUGAUCUACUGGAUGCGGCAAGCUAUAGGUAUUGCUUUGGGAUUGUGUUGGGGUAUAUUGCCAUUGAAAGGAUUUGUCGGAUUAUUGCUGUUUGUGCUUGUGAAUGCUGCAGUGAUUUACAUUUAUGUAAAUAAUUUUCAAAGUGUGGAUGAAGAAGAAUUUGGAGGGAUGUGGGAAAUAACGAAAGAAGGUUUCAUGACUUCAUUUGCUGGGUUUUUGGUAACAUGGAUUAUAAUGUACACAGGAUUACAUGGAACUAACAGCUUAUGAAAUUAAAUUGUGACUAGAAGAAUAAGAUAUUUAUAAGACAUCAACCUAAAAACGAGUGUAGUACAAAGGUUUUAAGGUCUUAUAUUUGAAGUUUUUUUUUAAUUUCACCACAUUGCUUAUUUAAGUAAAAAGUUUUUUCUACUUCGAAGUUAUCUAUUUAUUUUUUAUCUGAAACAUACUUUGUUACAAUCCCAAUGUAUUUAAAGUUUUAUUUAGCCAAAAUUACUAGCCAGAUUUAAGUGCCAAAAUUUUUAUUAUGUUUAUUUACAAAUGAAUACUAUAGUUAUUAUUUAAUAUCAAUCAAAAAUAAAAAAAAAAUCAUCAAGUCUAAGCAGAAUGUAUUUGUAAAUUAUACAU